GAGGUCGCGGCGCCUGCGCAGUCACUCUUCCUCAGGCGGCCGCCAUGGCGGGACAAGAGGAUCCGGUGCAGCGGGAGAUUCACCAGGACUGGGCGAACCGGGAGUACAUUGAGAUCAUCACCAGCAGCAUCAAGAAAAUCUCAGACUUUCUCAACUCUUUCGAUAUGUCUUGUCGUUCAAGACUCGCAACACUAAAUGAGAAAUUGACAGCCCUUGAACGGAGAAUAGAGUACAUUGAAGCGAGGGUGACAAAGGGUGAGACUCUGACCUAGAAGUGUGCUGCGCUGCUGCUGGGAAGUUGCUGUACAGAACACUGGCCGUGUGGGAAAGGCCCAGCAGCCUCCUGCUCCUCCUCUCUCCUUACAGAGCAACAGGGCUUUUUCUUGUUUUUCUUUUUUCAAAAGUGGCCUUUGGGCUCUGCUGUGUGCCCUGGGGUGUGACGUGGCAUGGGGGAGCAAGCAGUCCAGGGGACCUCUUGGAAACAGCAUUAGGCUUUUUCCCUUUUCAGUAACAUUGUUCGGAACUACUUGUCAAUGUGUUUGAGGUGUUGAGAGGCAAAGGCUGGGACUCUAAGGUCCUCCCCACCUCUCAAACUCUUUCUCUCAGACUUUCCCUACAGCUCCCAUGGCCUCUACACUGAUUUCUGUCAACAGUCGGCCUUCUCUCCACCUGUGAGAGGUGGGGGCAGUCCUGGCUGAGACUUGUGCCCUGCAGUGUGGUUGCCAGAAAAUGUUGUUGCUAACCCACCAGUUUCUUGUUCUGGGAGGUCAAAGCCAGGCCCCCAGUUGGCUUGAAGGGACAUUUUCAGUUUUCUUUGUGUCACUUGGGGUAUCGGUGGCUCUCAUGCUUCCCUAAUAAACUCAACUUUGUCUGACUGCUA